GGUAAAAGAAAUAUGCGUAGAAAGAAAUAAUUAGAUGACAGUGACAUUUUUGACGUGUAACUGACGUUUUGUUUUGAGUCCUCAAUUCCUCAUCCUCAAUCUCAUUCUCAUAUUCUACUCCACUUUUGGUUUAGAAUUUGAAAUCAAUUAGCGUUUUUAUUGGGUCGUUGAUUUGCUAUUUAGUACUAGUGCAUUUUCAACAAUUUAGCUGAAACAAGUCACCUCACCUUAAGGCUGCAGCUAAUAAUGGCGGUCGAAAAAUUAAGAACGACUCCCUCACAACCAACUGCGCCAAAAAAGUCCAGAUUAGAAAUGAAUGUGCGGCUACUUUUAAACAGAUGUGAGCUGAUUGCAAAGCAGGAGGCUAUUGAAGGCAACUGGAGGCUUAAGAAAUACGUUGAUUCAUUGGAUGAGAUGUUGACUGAACUUAGGACAGGGCCAGAAAAGCCUUCUAAAGAUAUCCUCAUAGAAUACACAAAAAGAGCUGGUUUCUUGAAAGGUUUAAUACAAACAGCUACAUUAAAUAGUCCAACAGAAAAGUUGGAAGCAGUUCAGUUGCUAUCUCACGGUGCUGCCACACUAUGCACCGAUGAGGCGGCACAGGAAAUACACCAGAAGACAGUUGCCAAGUAUGGCAAUGAAUUGAGGUCUGAGCUUUUUGGACUAGACAGUGACGACACUCUCCGCAAACGGAACAUCAUUAAAGCUCCCAACUUCACAAGCACGAGUAGCAGCCAGGAAGACAUGGAUUCGCUGCUCAAAUACCACCAGAACAUGCAGGAGAAGGUGGCCGAGAACAUGGUCCUGCUGACCAAGAGUCUAAAGGAGCAGUCGCAGAUCGCCAGCACCAUCAUAAAAAACGAUACAGAGGCAUUGAAGAAAUCAUCAGAAAUGACGGACCGUAACGUGGACUCGUUGAAAGUGGAGUCAGAAAGGCUGCAGGAGCACAGCAGGAACGCCUGGAAGUGCUGGCUCUGGAUCAUGCUCGCUAUAGUCACCUGCAUAUUUAUUAAUAUGGUCUUAUUCAUGAAAGUUAUGAAGAAACGAAGAGUAGAACUGUAAAUAAAUGGAUGUAAGUAAAUCAACUCCACUUUAUAUGUAUUACUUAUAUUAUCAAAUCGUUUAAAUUAUUAUAAAUUAAGACAUGACUUGUAAAUAAAUAUAUUGAAAAUAAAUGUAAUUCUAACGUUUUACGAAAUAUCAUAAAUUCUUAAUUAGAUUAUAUUUCCACGGGGUUUAAGUUUGAAAUAAAAAACGCCAUCAUUUUCCCAAUUUA